UUUAAUAAAAACCCCCGAUUCUUCAGCACCACUUUCAUCAUCAAGAUCAAUUAUAAGAGAUGCCGAUCAAGACAAUUCUGACAAAUAUAGUCAAUCUAAUGAUCGAAAGCAGGAAGAAACUGAUAAUGAUAUAAUAAGUGAA